AUUGCCGGGCGGCGCGGCGGGUGUCAGCAGCGAGCAAGCGGCGGGCGGCGCUCCCCGGUGCGUCCCGCUCCCGUUCCCGUUCCGCCGCCGAUGGCCGCCGGCCGCCGCACUCCCCCGGAGCCCGGCGGGGGCCCGGUGUUACUUCAAGGUGUUUUCGGCGCUGGACCGACUCCCAGUGCUGCCGUUUACUCCCUGGCUUUAACGGCCCGGGAGCUGCAGGUGAGGCGUCCCGGCUGCUCCUCCGGGGGCUCGGCCGGUCCCGACGCCGCGCUCCGCCUGGCCGACUGCGUGGGCUCUAGCGCCUUCCCCGCUGCCGUCCCCGCCGCCUGCUUCUCCCUGGUCUGUUACCCGCUCCGGGGGUCGCGCUGGGGCUCGCCUUCCCGCCAGCGUCUGGAGCGGACCUUCAACGUCUGCCUCGCCCCCGACGCCGAGGGCAACCUGCGCAUCGCUCAGGCCUGGAGCCGCCGGAUCCGGGAGCUCGCCGUGCCCGCCGUGCCCACGCAGGACGGUGACACUUACGGGGUGCUGCCGCGGCCCUGCCGUGCGCUGGUGCUGCUGAACCCGCGGAGCGGGGCCGGCCGUGCCCUGGAGGACUUCCAGGCAGUGGUGCAGCCCAUGCUGGCCGAGGCUGACAUCGCUACCACUGUCUUCGUCACCGAGAGACCUCACCAUGCACACGACAAGGUGCGGGACGAGGACCUGUCGCAGUGGGACACGCUGGUGGUCAUGGCUGGGGAUGGGCUGCUCUAUGAGGUGGUGAACGGGCUGAUGGAGCGGCCAGACUGGGAAGACACCCUGAGGAAACCGCUGUGCAUCCUGCCGGGGGGCUCCGGGAACGCCCUGGCUGCCUCCAUCAACCACUAUGCAGGCAACGAUCAAGUCGCCAAGAAGAAGCUGCUGCUGAACUGCACCUUCAUCCUGUGCAAGGGGCUGCACACGCAGAUGGACCUGGUGUCACUGAGCACGGCCUCGGGCCGGCGCCUCUUCUCCUUCCUGGGCUUCGGCUGGGGCUUCAUCUCCGACGUGGACAUCGACAGCGAGAAGUACCGGCGGCUGGGCAACGCCCGCUUCACCCUGGGCACCCUCCAGUGCCUGGCCAAGCUGCGCGUGUACCAGGGCCGCCUCUCCUACCUGCCCGCUGUGCCCGAGCAGGGCAGCUCCCCGGCCUCCAGAGACCCCCAGGUGCCCACCACCAACGGCAAGGCUGGCCACGCCGUGCCACCGGCUGGCACAGAAGCGCCCGCGGCUCUGCCUGCUGACUCGCUGCUGGUGCCGCUGAGCCAGCCGGUGCCAGCACACUGGACAGUGGUCCCCGAGGAGGAGUUCGUCACUGUCUAUGCCAUCUACCAGUCCCACCUGGGUACCAACCUGCUGAUGGCACCGGCAGCUCAGCUGCACGAUGGCUGCAUCCACCUCUUCUACCUGCGGGCUGGCAUCAGCCGCGUGGCUCUGCUGAAGAUCUUCCUGGCCAUGGCCAGAGGGACUCACCUGGACCUGAACUGCCCCCACCUGCGCUACGUCCCCGUCCGGGCCUUCCGCCUGGAGCCGCGCAUGGCCGCGGGCAUCAUGACGGUGGACGGCGAGGCGCUGCCCUGCGAGCCCAUCCAGGGCCAGAUCCACAGCAGGCUCUGCCGCGUCCUCAGUGGCUCCUGAGCGGCCAGGACCACCCCCAGCAGUGCUGAGCUGCCGGCACAGCCCAGCACAAGGGCAGCAGAGCCUUUCUUCCACUCAGGAACCUCCUUCUCUAGCAAUAGCUCUUGGGAGGCUGAGGGCACUCAUCCCCUCUCUUGCCCCCAUGCUUAGCUUUACCCCCCUGGGACAGUCACCGCUGCUGUCCCAGAUCUGAGCCCCACCAGGUACUCGGUGCCGGCGAGAUGCCAGCGUGACUGAUCCUGGUACGAGGUCCCGGGCGGCUGCGCCGGCACAGCCCUGUCCCCAGCGCACACGGUGGCACCGCUCCCGUCCCUGCCGCGGAGCCAGCGCCGCCCCCCCCCGGGACGGUCAGGACCAAUAUCUCUAAUCCAAGACACUGACUUUUUUAAAGAAUGUUUGUACCCAAAGCUUCCUCUAGGAGCAGAGUUUAUUCUUGUGAGAAAUGCAAUAAAUACCUACUAGAGUUUGCAAAAAAAC